AUGGGGAAAUCACAGAGCAAGUUGACUGCCGAUGAGUUGGCGGAAUUGCAGAAGAAUACUUAUUUUGACAAGAAAGAAUUACAACAAUGGCACAAAGGGUUUCUUAAAGAUUGUCCUAAUGGCCAAUUGAACAAAGAAGAGUUUAAAAAGAUAUAUCGACAAUUCUUCCCUUUUGGCGAUCCAUCUCAAUUCGCAGAUUACGUCUUCAAUGUAUUUGACGAAGAUAAAUCAGGUACUAUAGAGUUCAAAGAAUUCAUCUGUGCCCUUUCUGUCACUUCACGCGGACGACUAGAUGAAAAAUUGAGAUGGGCGUUCCAAUUAUAUGAUAUUGACAGAGAUGGUUACAUCACAUAUGGAGAGAUGUUGGCCAUUGUACAGAGUAUAUAUAAGAUGACUGGUCAAAUGGUCAGAUUACCGGAAGAUGAAGAUACUCCAGAAAAACGAGUCGAUAAAAUAUUCCGGAAUAUGGAUAAGAACAAUGAUGAAAAAUUGACAUUUGAGGAAUUCAAAGAAGGUUCAAAACAAGAUCCUACAAUUGUUCAAGCUUUAUCCCUGUACGAUGGAUUGGUCUAG